AUGGGACUUCUGUCACUUCUUUCCUUCUUUUCGUUACCGGUAUUGGAUACAAGACUUAAUGCACCAGCCGAUCCAAAAAAGAAGCAAAGUGUCAUCAACAAAGCUACAACUUCAAGAUGGCACACUUUAGAAUUCAAAUUUUAUUUGGUUUGUUUUGCCAUUGUGGUUCCAUUGUUAUAUAAGACUGCUAUGGAUGCAUCAAAUGAAACAAAUCCAAAUUAUCCAAAAUUUGAAAGAUUGUUAAGUCAAGGUUGGAUGUUUGGUAGAAAAGUUGAUAAUUCAGAUGCUCAAUAUAGAUUUUUUAGAGAUAACUUCUUUUUAUUGAGUGCUUUAGUCGCUGCCCAUACAUCAUUAAGAAAAGGUUUAAACUUUAUCCUUCCUUCAAUUCAAAGAACUCAAUUUGAUUUUGUGUUUGGUAUCAUCUUUUUAGUUGCAAUCCAUGGUGUCAAUGCAGUUAAAGUGUUGUUACACGUGUCAAUCAUCUUCAUUAUCGCAAGAUUAGCAAAAGGUAAUGGUAAAAUUGCCACAGGACUAUUAUGGGCUUAUGGUGUUGGUUCUUUGUUCAUCAAUGACAAAUAUAGAACAUAUCCAUUUGGUAACAUCUUACCAUUCUUAAGUUUCGUUGAUACUGGAUUCAAAGGUAUCGUUUCAAGAUGGGACGUUUUCUAUAAUUUUACACUUUUGAAAGCUUUAAGUUUUAAUUUUGAAUAUGUUAAACGUUCAAAUGAUAUUAAGUUAAGAUUAGAUAAAAUUAAAGCAAGAGAUGAAGAAAGAAAACCAGAUUCUGUUCCAACAACACCAGAUGUCAUUCAAAACUUCAUUUUGGAAGAAAAAGAUAGAAUGAAUGCACCAUUAGAAAUUUCUGAAUAUAGUUUCUUUAAUUAUUUUGCAUAUAUCACAUAUGCACCAUUAUUUAUUGCAGGUCCAAUCGUUACUUAUAACGAUUUUAGAUGCCAAGUUCAUAGUCCAUUACCUUCAAUUAAUGCUAAAAGAACUUUUAUUUAUGGUUUAAGAUUUUUAUUCUGCGUUCUAGUUAUGGAAUUUUUAUUACAUUACAUGUAUGUUGUUGCUGUUUCUAAAAGAGGUGCAUGGGAAGGUGAUACACCAUUUCAAAUUUCAAUGAUUGGAUUGUUUAAUUUGAACAUCAUUUGGUUGAAAUUAUUGAUUCCAUGGAGAUUAUUUAGAUUAUGGAGUUUGAUUGACGGUAUUGACCCACCUGAAAAUAUGAUCCGUUGUAUGGAUAAUAAUUAUAGUGCAUUAUCAUUUUGGAAAGCAUGGCAUAGAAGUUAUAACAAAUGGGUUGUUAAAUAUAUUUAUAUCCCAUUAGGUGGUGCUUCAAAUAGAAUUUUAGCCUCAUUGGCCGUUUUUUCAUUUGUUGCUAUAUGGCAUGAUAUUGAAUUGAAAUUGUUAUUAUGGGGUUGGACAAUUGUCUUAUUCUUAUUACCUGAAUAUUUUGCCUCUACUUAUUUCAGAAAAUUCAGCGACCAAUGGUGGUAUAGACAUUUAUGUGCUGUUGGUGGUGUCAUAAACAUUUGGCUAAUGAUGAUUGCUAACCUUUAUGGAUUCUGUUUAGGUCAAAAGGGUACACAAGCUUUGUUAAAUGAAAUGUUUGGUACUUUUUCAGGUAUAAGAUUCUUCAUGGUGGCUAAUGCUAGUUUAUUCAUCGCUGUCCAAGUUAUGUUUGAAUUACGUGAGGCAGAAAAGAGAAGAGGUAUUGAUGUCAAAUGUUGA